GCCAUUUUGAAUGUUGAGAGAAGUGUAGGAAUAUAGAGCUGUAAGGAGGCUGGGUUGCAGGAAAAAAGCCUUAGGAUCUUAAGAUUUAGGCGUAAACGAAAGGACUACUGAAAAGAGUUUCUUUCUGAGGUCCGUCUUCAUCCAUUCCCAGACGAACUGCUUGCAAUAAAAUAAAUCCGGCAAAGUUAUCGGGACAGUUCUGUUAGCAAAAAUUAGCAGCAUCAAGCGAAGAAUAUCUCGUCCAAGCGCUUUUAUUUUGAAAAACUGCAUUUCCGGCGGCUCUCUUGGGAAUCUUGCUCUGGUCGCUGCCUUCACACUGCUUAUCAAGACUAGGGUCCGACAUCGCCACUCUCGCCAUGGCAGGAGCCGGAGGCGGGGGAAACGAUGUGCAGUGGUGCUUUUCACAAGUGAAAGGUGCGAUCGAUGAUGACGUAGCCGAAGCCGAUAUCAUCUCUACUGUGGAGUUCAACCACUCAGGGGAGCUGCUAGCCACAGGGGAUAAAGGCGGUCGAGUUGUCAUCUUCCAGCAAGAGACUGAGAACAAGAGUCAGCCACAGUGCCGUAGUGAAUACAAUGUUUACAGCACAUUUCAGAGCCACGAGCCUGAGUUCGACUACCUGAAGAGCUUGGAAAUCGAGGAAAAGAUUAACAAGAUCCGCUGGCUACCACAAAAGAACGCUGCACAAUUUUUGUUGUCCACAAAUGAUAAAACUAUAAAGUUGUGGAAGAUCAGUGAACGUGACAAGAGACCAGAGGGAUACAAUCUUAAAGAGGAGGAUGGGCGCUACAGAGAUGCUGCUACCAUCACAACUCUACGGGUGCCAGUAUUCAGGCCUAUGGAUCUCAUGGUGGAGGCCAGUCCGCGGCGGGUCUUUGUCAACGGCCACACCUACCACAUCAACUCCAUCUCGGUCAACAGCGACAACGAGACCUAUCUGUCUGCAGACGACCUGCGCAUCAACCUGUGGCACUUAGAGAUCACAGACCGCAGCUUCAACGUUGUGGACAUAAAACCAGCCAACAUGGAGGAGCUGACGGAGGUGAUCACAGCCACAGAGUUCCACCCUCACCAAUGUAACACGUUUGUCUACAGCAGCAGCAAAGGCACCAUCCGCCUAUGUGACAUGCGUGCAUCAGCACUUUGUGACAAGCACUCUAAAUUGUUCGAAGAACCUGAGGACCCCAGCAACCGCUCUUUCUUUUCUGAAAUCAUCUCCUCCAUCUCAGACGUGAAGUUCAGUCACAACGGCCGCUACAUGAUGACCCGAGACUACCUGUCCGUCAAAAUCUGGGAUCUCAACAUGGAGAAUCGACCCGUUGAGACAUACCAGGUCCACGAGUACCUCAGGAGUAAGUUGUGUUCUCUCUAUGAGAACGACUGCAUCUUUGAUAAAUUUGAAUGCUGCUGGAACGGAAAUGACAGCGUGGUGAUGACUGGAUCCUACAACAACUUCUUCCGAAUGUUGGACCGCAGCCAGCGGCGGGACGUCACCCUGGAGGCUUCGCGCGAGAGCUGCAAGCCCCGGCAGGUCCUAAAGCCGCGCAGGGUUUGCGCGGGCGGCAAGCGAAAGAAGGAUGAGAUCAGUGUGGACAGCCUGGACUUCAACAAGAAGAUCCUACACACCGCCUGGCACCCGCAGGAAAAUAUCAUCGCCGUGGCAACCACCAACAACCUCUACAUCUUCCAGGAAAAAAUGAACUAAUACUGUCAUGGGGAAAGAAAACCUCCGAACCUCUCUCUCUCUGUGAAAAUGAAAUAAAGAACUAGCAAAAAUCAUUUCUGUGACAGCCACCAUCAUCACAUAACCAACCUUGGCCUACUCCAGGACAGAAUGAACUAGUCGAGCCAACUAGCGUCUGCCAAUACUGAGUAAACUGGUUCAAACUGGUCUGGAGAAGAGGCAACCUGGCCUCGGCCUCUGUGGCACCAUGACACGCGC